AUGUCCCAAAUGGAGAUGUCUCUUCUGCGUCUCAAUGGACAGAAGCUCUGUGAUGACACCAAGUUGAAGUCGCGGACGUGGAGCUCGGGAAUGGAAGCUUGCAGUGCCGCGCGACAUCAGAACUGGGCGGGACCCGCUCACUCGACGCUGUGGACAACUGGACACUGUGGCAGUCACCUGAUGCAUCUGUAA